AUGCAGCAGCACCCUCACAUACUCCCCUUACCGCCUCUGGACGGUGAAACCGUACCUCUGCCACGCUCGGCCGAAAGAACAGCCAAUCUCGUCAAAUUUCAAGCUGAAUUAGAGUUCCUCCAAUGUCUCGCAAAUCCGCUGUAUCUCAGAGAAUUAUCAAUACAAGGGUACUAUGACCAGCCGGAGUUCCUCAAUUACUUGAAAUACCUAGAGUAUUGGCGGAAACCAGAGUAUGUCAAGUACAUCGUAUACCCCACUUGCCUAGUAUACCUGACCCUGCUUCAACAGGCAUCAUUCCGGGAAAGGCUAUCAGACCCGGUCUUCGUUGCGGAGCUCAUGCGUAUCGGUGUCAGGCAUCAUGAGACAUGGUGA